CAGCACGGCCCAGAGCUGAGCUCCAGGCAGGCACUGAGAGGGGCUGGGCCGGGCUGCGCAGCAUGGGAGCUGGAGGCCAGGGUGGGGCAUGGCGUCCUAGGCUCCCACAUGACCCUGAGCCCAGGCCCAGGAUCCCAUCACUGAGGGUCAAAGGACGAGGGGCCGACCCGCAGCUCCCAUGCAGCAGGGCACUGGCACGGGGCCUGCUUCUCCCCGGCACGCCCAGGCACAGGCAGGGAGCGUGGCACUGGGCGGUGCCCCUGCCCUGGGGAGAGCCAAACUCCCCAGCCCUGCCCAGGCCCUGGGAGAACUGGAGGGAGGCUCCGGCCAGGACCGUGCGUUCUUCUCCUAUGCAAAGUGCCAAGGAGGGGGUGGCUGGGGAGCGUGGGAUGCUCGCCCGGAUACUGCUCCGAGCAGGAGCGAGCCGCGGCAUCUCUUCUUACACGUCCCAGGAGGCAGAUAAGGAGCGAGCACGGCGGGGUACUCCCAGCAGCUCCCAGCAGGCAGGACACCCGGCACACAGCACCUCCCGCCUUGGCCAGCGCAGCCGCCCAGCCCUGCCGAUGGGAGCAGACUGCCCCGGCUGGCCCGGGGACUAGCAGCACCGCUGCGCUGGGCAUGGCCGAGAGCACCUUUACAGGGGCGGACGGGAAGCAAUUGGCCGGCCAGGGGCUGGAGACGGGCACCCCCAGGCCAGCCUCUGCCCCGGCUGGCGGGAAGAUGAGAGGCAGCCCAAGCACACUCAGGCUCCCGCCGGGCUGGAGGAGAGCAAGCCAGCGAGAGGCGGGCAACAGGCAGGGAGCCAGCAACGCGCCCAGCCUAUGCCACAGCGUGACGGGGACCCUCCCAGCUGCAGGCAGGGGCCACGCCAGCCGUGCUCUGCCCAGAGGGAGCGCGGGGAAGCUGUGCCCCGAGAACGCAGCCCGGGAGCGCAGCCGCGUGCGGACCCUGCGCCAGGCCUUCCUAGCGCUCCAGGCAGCGCUGCCCUCGGUGCCGCCGGACACCAAGCUCUCCAAGCUGGACGUGCUCGUCCUGGCCACCAGCUACAUCGCCCACCUGACCCACACCUUGCACCAGGGCCAGCCGCCCCCCGAGGCAGCCCCACUGGCGAGGGCACCCAACUUCCUGCACCCCAUGAAGAAAUGGCCCAUGCGGUCCCGUCUCUACGCUGGAGCCUGGAGCGCGGAUGUUGCUGACAUGCCUGCAGCUGCCCCCGCAGCCCCCAGUAGCAGGAUGAGGAGGGGCAGCGAGGGGGGCAGCCCGGGGGCCGGCGGGGCAGCCCUGUGACACCUCCCAGCCUGCAGCCCCGUGCUCCGGCUCCCUGCAUGGACCCGAGCCCUGGACUGGCCCAGUCGGCUGCCUGCGCCCCAUGGGACUCCGGCGCUCUGCAGGGCUGGCCCGGACUCGCCGCGUCUCUGAUCUCCCAGACCCCUGGCACCAGCAGCCAUGUGCACCGGGCCUGGCUGCCCCGGCUGGCACCGCCUCCUCCCACUGGCUCCAGCUCUCCGAGGGGUCUCUGCUGUCCCCGUGACAGCCCUGCCAGUGCCGCGCCGCAGCGCCCCAUUGCCCGGCCCGCAAGGGACGGAUCCCCUCCCUGCAGGGAGAAGCCAGGCUCCCAGGCUGAGAGGAAGAGGAGGGAAGAGAUGGGGGAGGAGGAAGAAGUGGGCUGCAGGGCAGCCUGGCUGGGCACAGGCCAGAGAGCAGGUGGAAGCCACAUCACAGCGUGCCCUGCCCAGCCCUUGCCGUGGUCCCUGACCCCACGUUGCUUGACGGGCAGCACAGUCUGGUCCUGGGCAUCAGAACUCCUGGGUUCUGUUCUCGCUGACACACUCAGUAGCCUUGGCCAGAUCGCCAGAGCGUACGGAGAUGGGAUCCGAGCUGGGAGCCACCUCGCCCGCAGUCCCGGCUCUCGUGGUGGCCCGUGCCAGGUGCUCCGGGGGGGGUGUCAUAGAAUCAUAGAAUCUCAAGGUUGGAAGGGACCUCAGGAGGUAUCUAGUCCAACCCCCUGCUCAAAGCAGGACCAAUUCCCAACUAAAUCAUCCCAGCCAGGGCUUCGUCAAG